UGUCACAGUAGUUGGCAACACUUCGCCACUCUCGCUAGCAGACGAGUCUGUCGCGUCAGCGGAGCAGUACGCGAGUCCAGAGCUCCUCCCUUUAAUAAGUUAUUUACUUCUUUUGGCUAGCAAAGCUCUAGAACUACGCAGCUAUGGUGAAAGUUGAUAUAGAGUAUUGUGGCGGAUGAGGGUGCCCCCGCUAUGAGGAACUGGCUCGGGUUAUCCGAUCAAAGGUUCCUCAGGCGGAAGUUGUUGGAGCUGUUGGGAGGAGAACUUCUUUUGAAGUGUCCAUUGAUGGUACACUUAUCCACUCGAAGAUUCAAACUAUGAGCUUCCCUGAUUUCGAUGAAGUGGCAGACAUUGUAUCUAGUGUAGACAGUGGAGAAGCUGUCCGGCAGGUUUCCAAGACAGAAAUGGAUGGCUGCAAUAUUAUGUAAAACAGGUGAAAAGUACUGGUAAUUCGAUUUAGUUUUGGAAU